CGUCCGGAGAUGCCGAAACGCGCGCGUGCGCCGGAGCCGGACGUUGGAGGGAACCGCCGCGCGAGAGUUUCGCGCUUUCGCACCGGCGGGGCUGGCUGCGGCGUAGCCGAAACGACGCCGCUCUCGGAUCUGCGCCACGCAGGAGGAGUCGUGGUGCGGCUACGCUCGUCACGACAACGCCCUACGGGAGCGGUUCGCACUUUCUUCGCAAAUUGUGACUCACGCGACCGUGCAGCCGUGUUUUGCUCGACGCGUGUGUGCGUCUGUGUGUUUCUGCGCUGCCGCAGCAGUCAAGCGGGAUGGCGCCUGCUCGACAAGACUCACCGCUCGCCACCCUCGUCCACUGAGUUAUCUCCUCUGUGGUGGUUCCGGUGAAUGUUGCCGUGUUCCGGGCGGGAGCGUGAAGACAAAGGAAAGAGUUCAGUCUGCGACGACGUUGUAACAAUGCGCUGACAUAGGCGAACAGUUGUGGUGCAAAAAAAGUGCUCAGAAGUUCGCGAAAACAACGUGCUCGGACACAAAUAGUGUCUUGUGGAAUUUUUUGCUGUUUUCGACAAAGGAAGGAAAAAAUGUAGCGACAAAGAUCGAGAAGAAUAAGGCUCGAAUGCACGCCCAAGAGUGUGCCAAUCAUCGAUGAAGGAAACUCUCAAGGGCGAGGCCUCGUGAAGCAAUCAUGAAGACGGCCUCCCUCUACGUUACGUGGUUUACCUGCGCCCACGCGGUGGCAUCGCUCGCAUCUGCUGCUUACGGCAGUGAGGAUUACGGCAGCGAGGAUUUCUGCAACGUCACGUUACCGUGGGCUGUGUCGAGGAGCGCGUACGACGACGUCACGGACUCGGUUUUCGGAACUAUCAUGCAGUGUCCGCCACACUUGCACGGUUGCUCAGACGAACUCCUCAGCUGCAGACCCGCCACGUACACGGCGACCUGCUCCUGCGCGCCAAACUGCCGGGCCUACAGGGACUGUUGCUGGAACGCCGCGUACCGGGAGCCGUCGGAUACCGAGAUUCCCGAGAGCUCGUGCGUGGAAGUGCAAAUAGGAUCUUCGUUUAAGAAGUUCAUCUACAUGGUCACAGGCUGUCCGCCCGCGUGGCCCGAGGACGACGUCCGAGAGAGAUGCGUGCUGGCAGAAACGUUUAACGAUACGUUCUACCUCAUCCCUGCGACAAGCGUGAAGCACGUGACUUACAAGAAUGGCUAUUGCGCUCUCUGCAAUGACGACAUCAUCAAUGCAACUUUUUGGAACGCAACGACCAAAGGAGCUGUGGACCGUGUUCGAGUUGUCCUUCCAGAUGUCGUCGAAAACGAACCGGCCCUUCACCUCAGGCCGUGCAACGAAGACGCGCCGUACGACAAUUGUACCCAAGCCGCCCCGGAAUGGGUGUUGCGCAGGUGCAAGACCUACUACGCGCCAGUACAGGACGCCGAUGACCCGGUCGGCCUAGUAUACCGGAACGUGUACUGUGCCAUCUGCAACGGCGCUAACCUCUCCGCAUUGACUUGCAGUCCGGCUUUGCAUCUAAGCAACGUCAGUGUUGUCAGUCGGAAGACGAACCAUGUUCCUAUUGCUGGCCCACCUAACCUGGCUGGGCUGUUCAAACCUGUUCUGAGGACGCCAAACUGUUACGUCGAACACGACGGUCACUGCUACAUCAAGUACGCGCCGACCUUCUACAGUGCAAGGCGGAGGUCGGGCAUCGAAGUAAAGCUGAACGAGACGACGACGUCAUCACCAGAAACGCCCUUGCGCGAGCCGACGGGCCACUACAAGCUACACAACUACAUCACCGUCAUAUCCAUGUCACUCUCUAUAUGCUGCCUCGUCAUGAAGAUCAUCGUGUUCUGCGUUUACAAGGAAGCCCGCAGUUUCUCUUCCAAGUGCACGCUGUGCCUCUCGGUGACUCUUCUUUUCACCCAGCUGUUAUUUUUGGUCACCAGCUGCCAGCGUCUUCCCGGCGUAGUCUGCGCGAGCAGCGCUGUGCUUAUUCAUUACGGCUUCCUCUGCACGUUCCUCUGGACGACGGUGCUGUCGUUCGACAUCUGGAGAAGUGUUACCGCGGUGAAGCUCUCAUCUAUGCGCGAGAAGACCCUAGCGGCCUACGGCAUGUUUGCCUGGGGCGUACCGACGACGGUUGUUCUGGGGGCCGUCGCUGUUCAGGUGAUGGCGCCGUGGUCGACCUUCUCUCCCAGCUACGGCAACCCAACUUGCUGGAUCGGCACGUUCUGGGGCCUGACUACGUACUUUCUAAUUCCCAUGGCCACGCUUCUGUUGUUGUGCAUGUUCUUUUAUUUUUCGGCCGUGUUCUACAUCCGCAGCACAUCCACUGCCGUGUGCCCUUCGCACGAUGACUCGGAGCUCAGCGGAGGAGCAGGAAGUCGAGCCAGGCAGCAGAGAAACCAUGCCGCGCUCUUUGCUCGUCUUGCUCUCAUCAUGGGCGCCGCCUGGGCCAUCGCAUUUCUGGGAACAUUUAUGCCUUACGAGGCAAUCGACUCGAUUGUUAACGCACUGGUGGGUUUGCAAGGAGCGUACUUGUUUUUCGCGUUCAAAGACUACCGCUACUUGUACUCGUCGAUGACGACGCGGUGGAAGUCGAUGCCCCUCUACAGCAGCAGCCAGAGGACAUCGAGCUUGGACGUUUCGUCUAAAAAGUCCCGCCUGUCCAGAUAGAUGUGAGAUGAAUGCGUGCGGACAUUACGACGGUGCUACUGCUGCUCUCAUGCUUUACACCUCAGCUAGUACGAUGUCGCCGAGCUAUCUCAUCAUUCGACAUUGCCAGCGACGACUUCUGGGAUACCUUCUCAAAGACUGUGUAAAUACACGGAAAUACAGUGCUUACUUGUCGAAACAAUUUAAACGCGAUAGUGAACUUGAGUGAAGUCAAACGGCGCUCCAUCGGCCCCCGCUGGUUGUGCAAGAAUAAAAUAUUUAUCA